UAGCUAGAAGUCUUGGCUCUGAUACAGACAGUGAUGGAAAACAUAUGAGCAGUAACGAGUUUUAAUCUCACUGCUCAGUCCUAACAUGGACUAAUCUGUGGCAGCAGUUUACUCCAGCAUCACCCAGGGUGCAGCACACCAGGCUGUGCUGCAGGGCGCUUUUUCUUUUAAAUGCAACACCUUCUCAUCUCUGCUGCCUAAGCAGUACCUGGGAACAUUUAUAUUAAGACGAGUAGUACAUGGUGGGUAAGUUCUACUUUCAAGAGGACUACUCUCUUUCAACAAGACUGGCAACCUAAAGUCCACACAGCUCAAAGUUUCUGUGAGAAACACUUAAACAACCAGUCAACUAUAGAAACUUCAUCUUCUAUAGACCAGAACAAAUGGGGCCAGGCCUCAAGAGACCAUGAACCCCAAACAAUUUCCCAGGCUGACUCUCCACACAAGUCACCAUGAAGGAAAGCGUACUCCUGCUGCUCCUGGCUGCUCUGUGCUCUGCCAAACCUCUCCUCAGCCCUUCACAUCUGACCCUGAAAAAUAUGAUGCUGAAGGACAUGGAAGACAUGGAUGACGAUGACGACGAUGAUGAUGACAACUCUGUGUUUCCAACCAAAGAGACAGUCAACCCAUUUUUCCCAUUCGAUCUGUUUCCAACGUGCCCAUUUGGAUGCCAAUGCUAUUCACGAGUUGUGCACUGUUCUGAUCUAGGUUUGACUUCAGUCCCAAGCAACAUUCCGUUUGAUACUCGAAUGGUUGACCUUCAAAACAAUAAAAUUAAGGAAAUCAAAGAAAACGACUUCAAGGGACUCACUUCACUCUAUGCUUUGAUUCUGAACAACAACAAGCUAACAAAGAUUCAUCCAAAAACCUUUCUAACCACAAAAAAGUUGCGAAGGCUCUAUUUGUCCCACAAUCAACUAAGUGAAAUACCACUUAACCUUCCCAAAUCAUUAGCAGAACUCAGAAUUCAUGAUAAUAAAGUUAAGAAAAUACAAAAGGACACAUUCAAAGGAAUGAAUGCUUUACACGUUUUGGAAAUGAGCGCAAACCCUCUUGAAAACAACGGCAUAGAGCCAGGGGCAUUUGAAGGGGUGACAGUGUUCCAUAUCAGAAUUGCAGAAGCAAAACUGACCUCAAUUCCGAAAGAACUACCAUCAACUUUACUGGAGCUCCAUUUAGAUUACAAUAAAAUUUCAACUGUGGAACUUGAGGAUUUCAAGCGAUACAAAGAACUGCAAAGGCUGGGCUUAGGAAACAACAGGAUCUCAGACAUCGAAAAUGGAAGCUUUGCUAACAUACCACGUGUGAGAGAAAUACACUUGGAAAACAAUAAAUUAAAGAAAGUCCCUUCAGGAUUACAGGAGUUGAAGUAUCUCCAGAUAAUCUUCCUUCAUUCUAAUUCAAUUACGAAAGUGGGAGUGAAUGACUUCUGUCCAACAAUGCCAAAGAUGAAGAAAUCUUUGUACAGUGCAAUAAGCUUAUCCAACAACCCGGUAAAUUACUGGGAAAUACAACCUGCAACAUUUCGCUGUGUUUUGAGCAGAAUGAGCGUUCAGCUUGCGAACUUCAGAAAGUAAUAAUUACUCAUGUCCAUUUAAUAUAAAAUUAAAAAAUCUUUACAUUUGGAAUACUUGAACUCUAUUAAUAAUGGUGGUAUUUUACAUACAAGCUAAGAUCUGUCUCAAGUGGCAAGUCCACUGAUGUUUUAUGACAAAAAAUUUCAACAAAAUUUUGCCACGCCAUUCAUAUAUAAGGAUUAAGAGAAACAAGCAUCUAAUACAGCUUCUUUUCAUAUACAAAUGAUUUUGCAUCAAUCUCUUGGCUUGAACAUUCCUUUCUCAGUAGCAGAAAAAGACAUUCAGUAUUUAACCCUUGUUAUUAUGU